AUGCGGAUGGGGAAUCGAGAUGUGGACGGAACACCAAAAGGAAAAUCUCUCAAGUUCCUCGGCGUGGAGCAUGAGAAUAGCGGGCGCGGGCCGAUUGUAUUCAUUGGUGCGGUGGAGCACGAGCGGUGGAUGACUAUGGGAACCGGAAACGUGUGGCAAUGGCAGAAACAAAUUGUCACCGUGCCAUUGUAA